AUGUUCCCUCGGCGUGGACAAGGGAUCGACGCGGCACCACCGUCGCUGCUGGUGGAGAGUGUGCUCAAGACCGGUAGGAUGGCACACGAUAUGCAACAGCGGUGUUGUAUUGUUCGCGAAAACAAGAAUUUGCUCCGGAAAAUCAAUCAAAUCUAUCGUACCAAGGGCUUUCUGAACGUCGAUUACAGCUUUCGGGCGCACCAGAGCUUACAUUCGGAGAAUCAGGAACGGAUGGCACGUCGGAUUGAGCGGGAAAAUCGGAUCCUCUUCGAACGGAUCGUUCAACGGAAGCCAACGGUUGAUAGUAGAGCACCAAGGAAGCUCUUGAUUCCUAGAACAUCGAACAAUGAUGAGCAUCGAAUGCUGGUUGACUUCUGGGAACGUUCCGGUCGCUGGUUAUGUCAGUUGGCGAUCGAAGUGUGCCCUGACGCGCGUGAGUCUUUCUUGCCGUGUAGUGGAAAGCUAUUCCGGAUCUAUGCUGGGGUUUGUUUGGUGUUUGAAGGUGGCCAUUCUGUUCGCCAAGACGAAGAGUCCAGUCUUGACACAGGUACUUUGUCCAGUGUGUCGAAAGGAAGCGUUGUGAGGCAGAUUCUCAAUCGUAAAGAGUAUGUGCUGGUAGCGUUAUCGCAUCUAGAAGGCUUAUCCGAUGCACAGUUUCUUGGACGAGUAGCUGCAAUGGGUUCGAAGGAUCAGCUCGAUCUGCUCAACAGUUAUGGUAGCAAGUAUGGUCGAUUGCUUGAACCAAUUCGCUUUGAAAUUGUCCAGAAAAAGCGACGAUGA